UUAUCUGUCUAAACUGUCACUAACACAUCGGAAAUUUGCUUUGCGUAUGCGAAUCAAAUUGCUCUAGUUCUAAUAAAACAAAUUUAAUAUUACACCGAAAUAUAUAAAAUUCAAAAUGUCGUCGCCUCUGGAAAACCUGGAGACUCAAUUGGAAAUGUUCAUUGAGAACGUCCGUCAAAUACGUAUCAUUGUCAGUGACUUUCAACCGCAGGGCCAGAGUGUCUUAAACCAAAAGAUUCAAUCGCUCGUAACUGGCCUGCAGGAAGUCGAUAAGCUGAAAUCUCAAGUUCAAGACAUCCAUGUUCCUACAGAAGUAUUUGACUACAUAGACCAGGGCCGCAACCCUCAACUCUACACCAAAGACUGCAUUGACAAGGCCCUAGCCAAGAAUGAGGAGGUGAAAGGCAAGAUUGACUCCUAUAAACGCUUCAAGAGUCACCUCCUUAGUGAACUCGGGAAAACCUUCCCUAACGAAAUAGCUAAAUAUAAAGCUAUUAGGGGUGGUGAAUAAGUUUUAGAUCUUUUGGAAAAUAUUUUUAUAUGUGUAGUUUUAGUCAAAAUGUAAUAUGUUGUCAAUAAAGCAGCCUUCACUGCGGCAAUUAAGUCCAUUCCUAAUUAUCAUCUUUGCUGCGGCAAUUAAGUUAGAUUGCAAUUAACCAUA